AUGGAGGUAGCCUCCAGAUCAAUAUUGCAGAGGACCGUCCUCAAGCCCCAGAUACUGCGGAGACCGGCUCCCUACCUUGCCUCGACACCAGCCUGCUCCCAUCCGAUCACACGCCGGCACUUCAGCUCGUCGCCGCGAAGGACAGCGGACCCUAACCAUGGGCCUUUCUUUGGCCUCGGUGCCGGGGGGUCACCACCCAUGGGCACACCUACGACGUACUUCUCCAACCGCCCUUCAUUGCCUGCCAACACCAUAGUCAGAUUCGUGCCCCAGCAGACAGCAUGGAUAGUGGAGCGGAUGGGGAAAUUUAACCGCAUCCUGGAGCCGGGGCUGGCUAUUCUGGUCCCUUUCCUUGAUAGGAUAGCAUACGUGAAGAGUCUGAAGGAAGCGGCUAUUGAGAUUCCGAGUCAGAAUGCUAUCACCGCAGACAACGUUACUUUGGAGCUUGAUGGCGUGCUAUAUACUCGGGUAUUCGAUGCUUAUAAGGCGAGUUACGGCGUGGAGGAUGCGGAAUAUGCGAUAUCCCAGCUGGCACAGACGACGAUGAGAUCCGAGAUCGGUCAACUGACUCUCGACCAUGUUCUCAAGGAGCGUGCCGUUCUAAACACGAACAUCACACAAGCCAUCAACGAGGCCGCGCAGGACUGGGGUGUGACUUGUCUCCGUUACGAGAUCAGAGACAUCCAUGCUCCUGAGGGAGUCGUUGAAGCCAUGCACCGUCAAGUGACCGCCGAACGAUCAAAACGUGCCGAGAUUCUAGACUCCGAGGGUCAACGACAAAGCGCAAUCAACAUUGCAGAAGGUCGUAAACAGUCGGUCAUCCUUGCGUCAGAGGCUAUGAAGUCGGAACAGAUCAACAAAGCUAUGGGUGAGGCUGAAGCUAUCCGCCUAAGAGCCGAGGCUACUGCUCGCGGAAUCGAUGCUGUUGCAACGGCGAUCCGCGAGGGACAGGAGGCUGCUAGUGGCGCAAUCAGUCUCUCCGUGGCUGAGAAAUACGUCGACGCUUUCUCUAAGCUUGCGAAGGAGGGUACCGCUGUUGUUGUGCCCGGUAACGUCGGUGACAUGGGCGGUAUGAUUGCCAGCGCCAUGGCUGUCUAUGGAAAAGUCUCGGAAGGACAGGCUAAGACGAUUGCCGCAAAGGCCAUCCAAGCUGGUGAGCCAGCUGCGGAACAGAAGACUACUUCCGACGUGCACACAGCUACAAGCAAAACCACUGCCUUUGAAGACAGAGACCACAAUUCCGGAACGAGCCGAAGUGAAGUAGCCGAAAGUGUUCUUGGUGGGUUUGAACAAGCCAGCCACCGGGACCGGUAG